AUGGAGAAUGAACAUACAAUGAUUCAUCGAAUGGAUCACUCGAGUCAUCCCUAUGGAUUUGAACAUGAAAUGAAUUCAUCAUUCCGAUUGAAACAGGGUAGCUCCAUAUGGAGCCAAACAAAUGAUGGUGUUGAUUCUAAUUACUUGCUGGUAUCCUCUGUGUACUCUCAACAGAAUACUCCUCUUUCGUAUUCACAUUAUGAAUUGAAGAAUGAAACGUUUCCAUUCAUCAAGAAUCGGAAAGUGAGUGGAAAUUUAUUACGGGUUAAAGUGGUGAAUGAUGGACAUUUCCAAAUCAUUGCUCCGUAUGGCAGAUGUUGUCAACCAAGCAAAUUGACAAAUAUUUUCCAAUCGUCGCUUCACGAGGAUAGUACUGAGGAUCCAUGUAAAGAACGAACAAGCACAACAGCCAAACAAAAUGAUUGUCUUGUGGCCACAAAUGCAGGAUUUUUUGAUGUUCCUCAUGGUUACUGUAUUGGAAGAGUCAUUUCGAAUGGAAAGGUUUUAAACACUGCUUCAGGUCAUAAUGCUGUAUUUGGAUUUAUCGACCAUGCAGAUCACCCUCAAUAUUUGUAUGGAUAUGUGAAUGAUACUGAACUUACAAAAUUGAAACCAACUCAAUUGGUUCAGGGAGCAUUAUGGCUUGUAAGAGAAGGCAAGUCAUUUGUUAAUGAAUCGAUCAAAAUUGAGAAAACAAGCCAAGCAUUCUGUGACUUGGCUGCACCUCGUGUGGCUAUUGGAAAUGACAUUAAUGGAAAUUUAAUGAUUCUACAGGUGAACGGAUACGAGCCUCAAAAGUUAGGCCUCAAUGUUUAUGAAAUGACAGAUCUUUUAUUGUUCCUUGGAUUUCAAAACGCUGUCAAUUUAGACGGCGGCGGAAGCGCCACUACCUUCAUUAAGGGAUAUCCAACCUUGUUUAAUACAUGCUCUGAUUCUUGCUCUGAAAUUGAAGGAAAUAUGUGUCCCAAUGCAAAAAUUGGUCGAUGUGAACGACAUGUGACUACCAUUGUUUGCCUUAAAUAA